AACAUCGAAACAACCAAGACGUUCAUCUAAGAUGAGGAAGACAAAGGGAAAGAUCUAUCUAUUUCUGGUAUUUGGGCUGAUACUCCAUCAGCAUCUAGUCUCAGGAAUAAUACCAGGACUGAUGAUCGUGUAUGACGUAUUCGAUAAACUUAAUAAUAUCCACGACGUCCACGCGAAAUUCUCAACACCUUCAUCAGCUGAUCUCAUGAAUGCCACCGAGCAGUUGUCCGCAAAGAUUGAUAAAUUGGUGCCUGAAAUAACAGCCCAUAUUGACAAAGCUGUUGACACUCUGCUGACACGUCUGCCACUUCUCGGUGAACUCUCCGGUGAUAUAAGAACAUUGAACAAUCACGUUGGAAAAAUUGAUAGAUUCUAUUACGAAAUGAAACUGUACCUCCAAAAACCCGAUUGGUACAGCGAAAAGGAUUUGCGCGAGUUGCUGAAGAUCUUCACGUCUCGGGAUAGUGGACAAAUUCUUGAUGUCAUUGGGGAGAUGAGAUCUCUGAUUGUGCCGGACAAAUUGUCAGCAUUGAAAAAAAACGUCUUUCAACUUCUCGCUGAAGAGACACAAGGAUGGGGUCUUAGUGUCUGCGACACGUACGCCCCACCUCAGCAGCGCUUGCUCGACCUGUACGAAACGGUUGUUGAUUCAGAGAUACGAGCUUUCCUGAUGGCUUGCUUUGGUUACAAAAUGGAAGAUUACUUGAACAAUGACAAUUCGACCGGUCGUUUGGAGAGAACUAAAUUCGGAUUUGAGACGAGGAUCGCGGAAUACGAGAAAGUUGUUAGAAAUGCUAUGAAGAUUGUCCCCAGAGAGUUCAGACGGUGCGAUCCAGACACUGGCUAUGAAAAAAAUGUCAAUUACUACCGAUUGGAUCAAUUUAGAUACGAUGCUCCCUUAUAUGCCGUGACUCUACGAUCCUUUGAAUCAGAUAUAAAUAACAACAUGGUUGUCACCGGACUUGCAUUCGUAGUAAAAAAUAAUGUCCUGACAUUUCGAAUGGAAACAGCGAAGCUCAAUAUAUCUGGCAACCUGGACGAUAGCACGGCAUUUUGGCAAGAGCCAGAAGACAUCGCCUGGAACUCCGAGAAAUCGACUUUCAUCCUUAAUGAUGAAUUGGGCCCCAUUGAAAUGAGAAACGACAUAGACAUCGCUUAUAUCGCCGGAAGUAACAAGAGGAUAUAUCUGGAUAAUCCCGUUGCACCAGCGGGUUCUGUGGUCACUGGUGUACGAUUUGGAAGACUGUACAGAGAUCACUUGAAACCCCUGCAGCUACAGAUUCGAGUAACGCCUAUUGAUUAUGACAGGGGCAUUGUCUCUGGUGAUUCCAAGUGGAUAUCAGAGCAGCCACUCAGAAGAACUGCUUUUAAGGAAGACAGCAAACUACCGGCUAAUGAAAUGCGAACAUCAAUAGACGGAGGACCCGACGGUUUUGUUGAUUUCGAUUGGAGCACAGGGCCCCUAAUACCUUUUUUCGAUGGACUUCCAGUAACCUCUGAACCCCGCACACCCCUAGGAGGCAUUGGAUUGUACCGCAAAAAAGCUAAAGAUUAUACUGGAUUCCUCACCUUUAUCUUCACGGGUUUCGAUAAGUCUGCGUACAAAAUCGAUAACAGCGGAAUCCAAUAUUAAAUUAUUCUGCAUUAUUGUACAACAAUACUUCAUCAUUAUCCAAUUGAUUAUCUGACGUAUCUAAGGUAUUGUACCAAAAACUUGUAAAAAUCAUUUGAAAAUAAAAAUUCAAUUUAUUUUUACGUCAACAAA